UCUGGACCGGGUUGCGCCUUCUUCCUGGUCCUCUGGGCCUCCCGAGUCUGUUGAGCUCAAGUCUGCACGCCUGCCUUCCCCACCACGGGAGACAGACCAGAGGCCGGCGGGACACGCGGGUGGAGGCGCGGCAGGGAAGGCGGUGCGCGGGCGGAGACUGGAGCGGGGGAUACAAGGGGCGCCGCGGCCCCGCCUCCACUCCCACCCCUCCAUCCCCAGGACCCAGGGAACGCGGGAGCAUGAACCAAACCCCGCAGCGCUGGCAUGAUGACAUUCGCCCGCCUCGUGGUGGCUCUGAUUUUAGGGGCCCUCUCAGAAGUGGCCAGCUUUGAUCCGGUCCUCGGGUAUCCCCUCCACCGCCGCCACCGCCAUCGGUCCCCUAUGGAUCCCCAGGACACGUAUUUCCUUCCUGAUCGGAGGCAGCAACAGAGGACGCCUCCGCCACCCCUGGUCCCGCGCCCCCCGAGGGCGCUCCCGGCCCCGCGCCUACACGCCCUCCAAGCUGGGCACACGCCCCGGCCCCAUCCCGGGGGCUGCCCCGCCAGCCAGCCGUGGGUCAAUGUGACGGACUUCGGCGCCCCAUGUCUGCGCUGGGCAGAGGUGCCACCUUUCCUGGAGCGGUCGCCCCCCGCGGGCUGGGUUCACCUGCGAGGACAGCGCCACAACUUUUGCCGGGGCUCAGAUGGCGCGGGCAGCCCCUGGUGUUUCUAUGGAAACAUCCACGGCAAAGUGGACUGGGGCUACUGUGACUGCAGAUAUGGGUCCGUACGACUUCGUGGUGGCAGAAAUGAAUUUGAAGGCACAGUGGAAGUGUACGCAGGUGGAACUUGGGGCGCCGUGUGUAGCAGCGACUGGGAUGAUUCUGAUGCGUCGGUCAUUUGUCACCAGCUGCAACUAGGAGGUAAAGGAAUAGCAAAACAAACUUCCUUUUCUGUACUGGGCCUUAUUCCUAUUUAUUGGAGCAAUGUCCAUUGCCGUGGAGAUGAAGAAAAUAUACUUCUGUGUGAAAAAGACAUGUGGCAGGGUGGGCCGUGUCCUCACAAGAUGGCAGCUGCUGUUACCUGCAGCUCUUACCAUGGUGCAGCGCUCCCCAUCAUUCGCCUGGCUGGUGGGAGCACUGUGCAUGAAGGUCGAGUAGAGCUCUACCAUGCUGGCCAGUGGGGAACAAUCUGUGAUGACCAAUGGGAUGAUGCUGAUGCUGAAGUGAUUUGCAGGCAGCUAGGCCUCAGUGGUAUUGCUAAAGCAUGGAAUCAGGCAUAUUUUGGGGAAGGAUCUGGCCCAAUAAUGUUGGAUGAAGUACGUUGCACUGGGAAUGAACUUUCAAUUGAGCAAUGUCCAAAGAGUUCCUGGGGAGAACAUAACUGUGGCCAUAAAGAAGAUGCUGGAGUGUCCUGUACCCCUUUGACAGAUGGGGUCAUAAGACUUGCAGGCGGGAAAAGUAGCCAUGAGGGCCGUUUGGAAGUGUAUUACAGGGCACAGUGGGGGACUGUAUGUGAUGAUGGCUGGACUGAGCUGAAUACAUACGUGGUUUGCCGACAACUGGGAUUUAAAUAUGGCAAACAGGCUUCUGCAAACCAUUUUGAAGAAAGUGCAGGGCCCAUUUGGUUGGAUGAUGUCAGCUGCUCAGGAAAGGAAACCAGUUUCCUUCAGUGUUCUAGGAGACAGUGGGGAAGGCAUGACUGCAGCCACCGGGAAGAUGUGGCUGUCGCCUGCUACCCUGGCAGUGACGGACACAGACUGUCUCUGGGUUUUCCUAUCAGACUGGUGGAUGGAGAAAAUAAGAAAGAAGGACGAGUGGAAGUUUUUAUCAAUGGCCAAUGGGGAACAAUUUGUGAUGAUGGAUGGACUGAUAAGGAUGCAACUGUGAUCUGUCGACAGCUUGGCUAUAAGGGACCUGCCAGGGCCAGGACCAUGGCUUAUUUUGGGGAAGGAAAAGGACCCAUCCACGUGGAUAAUGUAAAGUGCACAGGAAGUGAGAGGUCACUUGCCGACUGUAUCAAACAAGAUAUUGGAAAACACAAUUGCCGCCACAGUGAAGAUGCGGGAGUUAUUUGUGAUUAUUUUGGCAAGAAAGCAUCAAGUAAUGGUGAUAAAAAGUCCCUCUCAUUUGUUUGUGGUUUAAGAUUACUGCAUCGCCGGCAGAAGAGGAUCAUUGGUGGGAAAAAUUCUUUAAGGGGUGGCUGGCCUUGGCAAGUUUCCCUCAGACUGAAGUCAUCACAUGGAGAUGGCCGGCUCCUUUGUGGGGCUACACUCUUAAGUAGCUGCUGGGUCCUUACAGCAGCUCACUGUUUCAAGAGGUAUGGGAACAGCACCAGGAACUAUGCUGUUCGGGUUGGGGAUUAUCAUACUCUGGUACCAGAAGAGUUUGAAGAAGAAAUUGGAGUUCAGCAGAUCGUGAUUCACAAGGAGUACCAACCACACAGCAGUGACUAUGACAUUGCCCUGGUUCGAUUACAAGGAUCACAAGAGCAAUGUGUUAGAUUCAGUAGCCACGUUUUGCCAGCCUGUUUGCCAUUCUGGAGAGAGAGGCCACAGAAAACAGCCUCCAAUUGUUACAUAACAGGAUGGGGAGACACAGGACGAGCCUAUUCAAGAACACUACAACAAGCAGCCAUCCCCUUACUUCCCAAGAGAUUUUGUGAAGAACGAUAUAAACGCCAGUUCACAGGAAGAAUGCUGUGUGCUGGAAACCUCCAUGAACACCAACGUGUGGACAGCUGCCAAGGAGACAGCGGAGGACCACUCGUGUGUGAAAGGUCUGGGGGGAGCUGGGUGGUAUACGGGGUGACCUCCUGGGGGCAUGGCUGUGGAGUCAAGGAUUCUCCUGGAGUUUACACUAGAGUCUCAUCCUUUGUCCCUUGGAUAAAAAGUGUCACCAAACUUUAAGCUGUGGAAAACCUCAACAGGACAUAGUGCAUAGACUGAUGUGGAUCUUCUAGUCUCCAAUACUAAUGUGCCAAGUUGACAACUACUGGGGACUGAAAUUGCUGUUUCUGCUAUUUUUGAAACUGGUGCACUUCUUGUGGCUUCACAAUUUGUUAAGCUUUUGAUCAUGCAUACUUCAGUGUAAUACUGAUUAUCCAUUAGCAUUGUAAACCAAAUUCCACCUGAGACUAAAUUCUUAAUUUUCAUCUAAGCCUUCUUAAACAGCUCCCAGACUGUUUUUCAUAUUGAAUUUACAGUAAGGCUGUUUUAUGUUUAUUUGGAUUGAGAAUUCCUUAACAUUGAAGCCACAUGGUAUAUUAAUCCAUAUUUUUUUAGUCCUCUCAUGACACAACUUCCAACAAACAAGUAUCACUACCUGUGUUGAUAUUUUCGAGAGUGACCAGGAAUCUUCACACUUCAUGGCAUCAUCUCUGUAGCUUAUUAAGUGAGUAAAUCAAACUCCAUUUUAAACUUACAGGCUGAAUAGGACCAUCAAGCCACACGGAAGGACAUUAGCCUGUCACAAUAAAUUCCAAGCAUGAUGGAAACCAUGUGAAAAAUUGUCCUAAGUCAAUGUAAAAUCUAGGAUUUAACAUGAGAUGCCAGUUAGAUUUACAACCCAUCAAAAAUACUAACAUACCUACUCUGAUCACUGAUAAACCAUUUGACUUCCAGUAAUUACUAACUUUUCCCCAAGUGUCAUGCAGUUAUGGUGCAAUGGCACCACCUAGUGUAACUUUUUGGUAAUUUACCUGUGUAGGAAGUUUCCCAAGACUAACCCCAUAGAAAUCCUGUUAACUAGUAUAAAUGCUUUUUCUACAUUAGAAAAGUAAUGCACAAACCAGUAAUAAAACUUGGCAGGCACAUUAAGUUGCUGUGCAACUCAGAAAUUACAAAAUGCUAAGCCUAAAGCCCUGGCUUUCUUACAGUUAACAGGUCAAGUUGCAGGGCAUACCACUGGGGAAGUUGUCCCAGUGCACGUGGUGUAGGUUUUCCCCUCCAUUGUUAACCCAUCUAGCUUUCUCUUUGAAUAGCUGCCUGGGAAACAGGACAUUCUUAUAUAACGCCAAUGAGUACAUCAUUGCUGUUAGAGCUCCUUCCCCAAACACCCAAGUAGCUUGAUAAGAGGUUAAUAUACAGAGCAGUGCAGUUGUAAAUAACCCCCUUAAAUGGCUGACACCAUUAAGACUUCCAUUUUCUUAAUCGAAUCAUGUCCUUCCCUUUUUGUAAUAACACACAAACCUGUGGGUACUAUUUUACAGACUUUAGAUGCUGUGUGUGGAGUAACAGGUUUUUAAAAAAAAAAAAAAACCAAAACAAAAAAAAACCCAUGAGUUUGAUUAAAGAAACUUUUAAAACAGCAUUUAGAUUUAAAUAUGGUAAAUGCUACAUUUGUGUACAGUGCACUUAUAACAAGGACUUGGGAAUUGUGCAAUAUAGGUGAAACCAUUACUUUCACCUUAACUUUCUGUCUGCCCUUCUGAUCUAACUAGUCAUGGUGUGACAGACACUUUUGUGGAAAUUCUAAAUAGAUCAGGGAUUUGCACACCAAAAAAAGGGCAGCAAACAGGCAACCUGCAGUUCACUCAAUCCUGAGCUAUCACACAGUUCAUAAAACAUGCCUUUAUUAUAACCAUGUUGGUCUUAAGUAUGACUUAAAGAUCCAAGUUUUCAGUGCAUAUUUGUGUAAUAAAGUUUA